AUGAGGUUCGGGGGGCUGCGGGGCAAACCGGGGGAAGGUGCUGCUGCAAGCAGCUCCCACAUCCCAAAACCAACGGAGCGAGACCCCACCACGCGGGGGAGCAGGCGUCAUGCUCCCCAGCUGCCAGUGGACCGCCCCGCUAUCAGCCUGCCGCCAGACAAACCCCCGGAUACUCAUCAACAACCACAGCCCGAGAAACCUCUCCCUGAUGACCAGAAGCUGCAAGGAGCUGACUGGACGGCCGAGCGCCAGCUGCUACAGAAAGAUCAUCCCCCACCGCUGGAGGAACCUACAGCCUUGCGAUGGCUAAUACCAGCUGGAGCCAGUUCCUGCCCGCCUCAACUGCCGGAGGAGACGCCCACUGACCAACUGCUACUCCCCAUGGCAACCAGGAGUCUGCCCUCCCGCGAACGCGCCGCUCCAGACCCCGCGAGACCUGACCGCCGAUCGCUCCAACCCCAAGAGACGCCUCCCCUGUCCUCCUGCGCUCACCGAACACACCCCCUGCACCCCAGGAGCCCCAGCCGCUGCGAGAUGACUCCCCCGUCCUCCUACGGUCGCCGGACACGCCUCCUGCACCCCAGCAACCCCUGCCGCCGAGGGACAACCACCCUGACCCCCUACAGGACACCCACACCUCCCAGGAACCCCAGCCACCGGGAGGAACCCCAAGUACUCCCGAGACACAGCCACUGCUGAAGGACGCCCCCCCCCACCAGCCGUGUGAUGGAAGACGACCAGAAGGGCCCUAACGCUCCACAAAAUGGCUGCUCCGCCCCGGACACCGUCUACCUCCAAUACCCCCUCACCACAGAUGCGCUCAUCUGCCCCAUCUGCCUGCCGCCUCCAUCUCCUCGGAAGGGUCACCAGACAUCUGAGGAGAUACCACAACCAGUCCAUCGCCUUCAGCUGCGCCCUCUGCAGCUUGCCCUUCGAGUCCCAGAAGAAAUGCAAGGCGCACCAGGCCAGCUGCAAGAAAACCCGCACAACAACAGCUCCGGUUCCGGUCCCCCGCCAUCCUGUGUCCCAGCCCGCUGCUCCCGCGCUGCGAAGAGCCAGAGCGACCCUGCCAACUGCUGCCCAGAAACCCACUCCAGCCCCUGCGCUGGUGGACCAGGGCACUGCGACCGAAACGAUGACUACCACAGCGAGAAACGUCGACCGAGCCCCUACCAACUUGAGUCCCUUCACAUCCACCCAAGUCGCCCGGAAGCUCUCUGAACUAAGGCGUCUCAGUGCCCCCUCCAACCAAUGU